AUGUCUAAUCCAAAAGUUCCUGAUAUACAAUGGUUUGAAGAUUCUCUCAAAGAAUUAGUUAAAGCAAAAGAUGACAAAGAAAAGACUUCCAUUAUCGAUAAACUUCGCACAGAACUUUUCAACUUGGAAAGUACAAAAAAAUUCCUGGGGGAGAAUGCUGCAAAAUACUUCGAAGAACUUAGUAAAAAGAGAAAUGAGAAACUUCCUGCCAUUACUAAUUAUCCUGAAACCGAGGAAGAAAUACAAAAAAUUGUUGAGGAAGCUUACAAGGACGGAAAUACUAUUGUUAGAGUUGUUGGAUCCGGACAUUCUAUUUCAGAUGCAAUUAUUGAUAAAGAAAAUAAGAAAAUCGUACUUAUUUCAUUGAAGAAGUUUAAUGGCGUAGAGUUUAUUAGCGAUGAUACUGUCAAGGUUAAAGCUGGAACUCAUCUAAAUCAAGACCCGCAAGACGAUACAUCCAAUCUUUCUAAUAGCUUGAAUUACAUUAUUAACGAACGUGGAUAUGCGUUUCCUGAUCUUGGUGGUAUUGCUCAUCAAACUGUUGGAGGGUUUCUCUCAACGGGAUCGUCUGGUGGAUCAUCAAAGUAUAGUCUUGAGGAAUCAGUCAUUAGUAUUAAUAUAAUCAAUGGUAAAGGGGAAUUAAAAGAACUGACCCGUCCAAAUGAUGAUUUUUUUGCAGCCGGAGUCUCAAUGGGGUUAUUUGGAAUCAUCACUUAUGUCACUUUUAAACUUAAUCCAAAUUAUUAUAUUUAUGGAAGCCAAGUUAGUACUUUUGUUGACGAGGGAUUAAAUUCUGAUUAUCAAAAAGGCUGUCCAAUUGAUCUUUUUGGUUCUACGAACAAACCUCAAGAUGUACCUAGCUUAUACGACUUUUUCGCUAAUGGCUCCAAUUAUGAUGCAGAAUAUUCUCGUUUACUCUGGUGGCCACAAACCGAUGUUAAUCGAUUUACUAUUUGGAAGGCAAAAAGGACAGAAGUUUUAGAUCUUAAAGGAUUUACUAAACCAACAGCGCCAUACCUAGAAUUUAAUGAAAUAUUAGGUUCUCAAAUUCCUGAACAAAUUAUAGCCCAUAUAGCCUACGUAGCUUUGAACAUAUUAUACCUUAUUGAUGAUGAUACCACCAGGAAGAUUGCAGCACUUAUAUUAAGUUUUUUCUCAGGGGUUGUACAGCAAGCUUUUCAGGAUAUUUGGUAUAACGGUCUACCAAUGGAUGACAAGGUUUCAGACACUAUUCUUCCAACCACUUUUACUGAAUUAUGGUUUCAAAUUAGAAAUGCUGAUGAUACUAAUAAGAUCAUGAAUAAAUUGAAAGACUAUUUUGCAAGUGGAGAUAGUGCCACGGGAAACAAUGCCACUGAAAUUUAUACUACGAAAAAGAGUGAAUUUUGGUUAAGCCCAUCAUAUGACUAUGAGAAUGUGAUUCGUAUUGAUUUUUUCUACUUUUUAGGAAAUAAAGUUGGUGAUCCUAACGAAUUUUUUGAGAAAUGCUGUAAAGUAUUUGAUGGCUUUGAAUAUCGUUGUCAUUGGGGUAAAUAUAUUCCAGAUAAUUAUAAGGUAGAUGUGAAUAAAUACUCUAAGUAUAAUCAGUGGAUGGCUAUUAGAGAACAAAUGGAUCCUAACCAGAUAUUUGUCACCCAAUAUUGGAGAAAGGUUUUAAAUAUCGAACCUCAAAAAAAAUAA